CUGCAAACCCUUAUUUUUCCAGUUACAUCUCACCACUCUGCAACCUCACGACAUAAUCUCGACCUGCUACUUCUCUCAAAGCCCUCGCCACCUCCUGCCUCCGCCGUCCUUGCCGUCGCCGCCUCCAUCCCUUCCGCCGCCGCCGCCGCCUCUGCCUCCGUCCCUGCUGCGCCGCUGCCUCUCUUGUUUUGGGUCGCUUCCUGCACGGUUGUUGCCCUGUUCUCAUUAUCAACCUUCCAUUGUUCCUCAAUCCUCUCCACAAGCAAUUUUCCUCUUCCUCAUAAGUUGAGGGGUGCCAUUGAUCCCAAGCGUCACUACAAGAAGGGUGAUUCAAAAUCAAAGACACUUCCCAAGUAUUUCCAGAUGGGAACAGUUGUAGAUUCUCCAUUGGACUUCUUCUCAGGAAGAUUAACAAAGAAGGAGAGGAGAGCAUCAUUAGCAGAUGAGCUGCUUGCUGAUCAAAACCUUGUAGCCUAUAGGAAGCGGAAGGUUCGAGAAAUCGAAGAACAAAACAAACCAGCUGGGAAUGAAAAUUGGAAGAUUAAAGGCGGGAGUUCCCGGAAGCGAGCAAAAGAAAAGAGGAAUUGCUGAAUUUCCACCCUUUUUAAGAUGUAGACACUCUCCUAAAUGCUUUGAUCAGUUUAGAAUUAUUAUCAUUAUUUGAAAAUAUCCUAGUUAUCUGUAAAACCUAUUGAUGCUUCAGAAAAUGUUUAUUUUAUGGCUGAGUUGAUAUCCUGUGUUUAGAAAA